CUGCCGGGUCUAUUUUUACUCUUGUUCAGCAGGCUUCCUUUCCUCUGCUGCUGCUGCAGGAGGAGUGAAGGACAUGAGGAUGCCAAGAGGAGUUUCUGCCAGCUCUGUCUCCUCCCCCCUCUUCUCUCUUCUCCUUUAAAAGAAGGAACAACUCAAAGGGUGACACCUUAAUUUUCUUGCAAACUAAAAAUCAAGACCCAAACGGGCUCUCUCCCUGGUGCUAUCUCUCCUCCCACUUGAGCUUACCUUGUCUUUGUUGCUGAAACAGACCAGCGGAGGCAGUAGCAGCAGCAGCAGCAAUUCCAGUCCGAGACUUAGCAAGGCUGGAAAGCACACGGGCAAGCUCCACUAGAGCCAUCUGCUCACCUGGCCACAUAGAUACCAAGUCCAGCCUCAAAGUUUCACCCAACCUAAGCGUCUUGGAAAGAAACCUCAAACAGGCAUCCAACCGAAAAGAGGAAAAAGUGAAACCCAAGAGGGGAAAGUGUUUUAAAGAAGACAAACAAGAAAGAAGGGAAAACUUGAAGACUUCAGUUCUCCCAGGCAAAUUUCAACGAUUUGAUGUUUAAUAUUUUCUGAGGAAUACAGCAGAUUUUGAUUUUGCCAGCAGUUUCUUUUUUCUUCCUUGAAAGACCUGAUUUCACAUGGUCUGUCAAAUCAAAGGAAAUGUUGAAAGACUUCUUAUAGUGAAGGAAGAGGUGGUAGUGGGUCAGACACACAUUCUGGAUGUGCAAAUUUUUUAAUGGGGGUGUUUCCCUGUUCUAUUUUUUAGAUAGUUUUCCUCCUGUAACAAGGAGAUAGAAUAGUAAUCACUCAUUAUCCCCCCUGCCGAAAAAUCCUUCAGUCAAGACUGCAUGAUAUUUUGGAGGGGCAGAAAAAGAGUUUAGAGGGGAGAAAUGAAAAAGCACAGAAACCUCUGUGCAUGAAAGACAACACAGGCUCUAGACAGAGACUUUUCCCUCUCAUCUCUGUGCCUACAGUGUGGGGAUUCUAUUUUUUCAAAAGACUCUCCUCCAAUGUGUCUAGAACUUCUGGGGAUUGGAGUCGGUAUGAAUUUUGGAGUGCUCUUCCUGUCUCUCUGGUACCUGCCACUCAUCAGCACUAAGGGAGAUCCCAUCCCUGAAGAGAUUUAUGAAAUGUUGAGUGACAGCUCAGUGCGCUCCAUCAGUGACCUCCGGCGGGUCCUGCGGAUAGACUCCGUAGAAGAAGAUGACUCCAAUUUCUAUCUGAACUCCACCAGAAUGCAUCCUGGUCGAAAUCAUGUACCUUUUUCCCGACCAAGACGAAGUCUAGGUGGUGAGGAACCAAUUGAGCCAGCAGUGAUUGCUGAAUGUAAGACACGGACAGAAGUCUUUGAAAUCCCCAGGAGCAUGGUAGAUCCCACGAAUGCCAACUUCAUCGUGUGGCCACCAUGCGUGGAGGUACAGCGCUGCACAGGCUGCUGCAACACCCGAAACAUGCACUGUCUUCCUAUGCGGGUUCGUGUGCGUCACAUCCAGGUAAAUAAGAUUGGAAUUGUCCAAAAAAAGCCAACCUUUAAUAAAGCCAUUGUGGCCUUGGAGGACCACCUGGAGUGUCGAUGUGAGGCAGUAUCACCCCGACCUGUGAGUCGGGCACAUUCACAUGAGCACAGAGCAGGUGGGCCACGACUGAGCACUGUCAGUCCUCUUCCAGCAAGGGCACGAGCGCACCGGUUGAUGCCACAGAAGAGGAAGCAUCGGAAGUUCAAGCAUGUACAUGAUAAGAAGGCACUGAAAGACAUCUUCCCAGCAUAGAUGUUGGCAGAGAAAAGCGCAAAUGUCAGGUUUAUUAUUUAAUAUAUUUGCUGUAUUGCCCCCAUGGGGUCCUCAGAAUUUUUCUCUCCGUCCAUCUGCCUCAUCGCUUGUUCUGGACGGCAAAUGGUGCUUUCCAAUCCCUCACUCGCUGGACGUUCUCCCACCAAAGUUUACCCUUCAGGUUCUUACUCUCCACUCCUUAACCACAUUUCAGCAUUAUCCCAAAGGAAGAAGACUGUGGAAUGAACAACUUGACAAGUUGGAUAGACUCUGUGCUUCCUGUUGCAGCAAACCCAAAUGGAAAUGUGGCACUUGUGGUCCCAAUCUCCUUUUUGAAGGGGGAGGACAAAACAAGGAGAAGGGUAUUUUCUCUCCUAUUCUUUUUCUCCCCCCUCAGACAUUUAACUGGGCUUAGACUGUUUGGACACAAUUCAGAGCAGUUGAACUGGCAUCCAGUGACAUCAAAUGCACUAAGGACUUCUGUUGUUAUGUCUGAAUAGAUUUUUUUAAAAAAAUGUGUGUAUGUAUAUUUUUAUUUUUAAAACCACUAAACCAUACCAUGCCUCGGGGAACAGAAGCAAAGAAAACAAAAUACAUUCACCUUCUGUACUCACCUUCUGUCAACUGGACUUCUUACAGGACAAUGGACAGAAAGGGAGCUGUGGCUGGGGACACCACUGCCCCCCCCCCCCCCCAAUCCAUGGAUCCCCUUGGGUCAAAGAGGCCUUCUUUGCACAUGACUGUGGAGGGCUUGGCCUAUCCUGUUUCCAGCCUCCUACAUCAGUUGGGAGUUUAGAUAUUUUUUUUGGUAUGUGUAGCUGUAUUUCAGUCAUGGAUUUAUUCCAUAGGAGGAACCUGUUGCUGGAUCUCAAGAGUAUGGUAGUGGAAAGAGCAAAGAUGCAGUGUGUGCAACUAUGUGAACUGUGGAUUCAUGAGGACAGGAGAUGGAGGGUGACAGUGGUCUAGUCUCCUGUUGCCUCUUUGGCUCUGUUGGACAGCCAAAGACGAUGAUCUUUAAAUUCAAACUACAGAGAGCUACCUUCAGAGACCAGGAUCAGAUGUUCUGGUGGCCACUGGAAGCAGGCAUAGAGGUGUCUCGUGGUUGAGUCGUAUGGAAGCUCACUAACAUGGCAUUUCUUCCUGCAGAUGUACCCUUAAGGUGCUAAUCUCCAAAUAUUUAGGAAUUUCAUUAGUUAAGAAUGCGCAAAUGCUCAGGAUACUAACACAUUAAUAAAACUGGAUUAACAUCUUGUGGUCUGAAGAAAAUGCAAUUGUGCCCUGAUUACACAAAAGCUCCCAUAGUAGCCCUAACAGAUUAUGCACUAUAUAUAGAUGCAGUCUAAACUCCCAAGUGGGGCAUUUGCACUUCAUGUCUACUUCCAGUGCUAUCCAAACAGAGUCCCCAGACAAAGAUCCAGUCAGUAGCAUUCAGUACUCAUAGCACAGCAAAAGAAGGCCGAAAGAGCGAAUGAACCCUCAUUAACCACAUGUCAUUUUGUCAGCUUCUUCUCCUGUCUUUUGUUUUUAGAACACUGGGGCAGGUUAUUACUUUCUGCGGUUCACAAAGCCAUUCCAGAUCACCAAAGAAUGUGACCCCUUCAAAGUUUUGAGUGAUUGGACUGAGUGAGACACGGACCUAUUUGCAAGAAUGGUGUAAAAAUAUCGAAAGGUAAUAUGCCUGUUUCUCUGAGGGAGAAAAACUCACCUGAACAUGGUGGGAAAAGAUGGCGAGGAGAGCAAGGAAGAAUAGAAUGAACCAGGCCCAGAAACCUUGUGGAAAGAGACAAACGUUUUAUUUUCCAUCUACCUCUAUGGCACUUUUUGUUCACUGUAUUUUCUUGCUCCAAUGGAGAAAAGGCAAAAUAAAUCAUGAUGUGCAGGAGACAAGGGCUGAGUUUGAUUUAGCUCCUCCCUCCCACGUGAAUUCUGCACUGCUUCAACCCUGUCUCUCUCAGCUGUUUCUGCUUCCCAAGUUCAAAUGUGGAGUCCUAAGCAUACAGGAUGUUUAUUCAGCAUAAAAUCCUUCUUGAUUAGACCCAGCACAUAGAAAAUUUGCUGACGGCAUCCUUGGGAGAGAAGAAGAAAAGAACAGUACAUGUAUGUUAGAUGGUGAUGGAUGCUAGAGGCUAUGCAGACGGGGGGUGUGGGGUGGGAAAUAGGAAUAAACCCCCCGGUGUCCCUUAAAAUGUGCAGCACAUACCAAAUGCUUAAAUAACUUCAAGGAGAGAAUGAUGUAAGCCGCUUUGGAUCCCCACUGAGGAGAAAGGUGGGGUAUAAAUGAAGUAAAUAUAUAAAUCUAUUGCUUGUUUAAGCUAUUCUUGGUGAAGCCGAGCCUUUCUUGCUCCUUUCACUUGUAUGAAGCAGGAAAGGGGGAUAGUAACCAGAAGAACCAUUGGGGGAUGGGGGGGGGGGGGCAAAAUCCCUACUUCCCUUCCUUAAAGUUUUUCCCCCAACAUCAGCCCUUUUCCCAUGAUCCAUAGAAGUGAAUGGUGUCAGCAUAUGGUUCCAUGGAGGAGUCCAAUAGUUUGACAAAAAAGCAUGUUGUUCACAGGUAUCCUGUCUACCAGCCUUACACCCAGAGCUUUGCUUUCUGAUUCCCAGUCACCUCUUACUCUCCACUCUUAUCCUUCAUGUCUUUUGUUUCCCUGCUUCUAUCUUUUAAUUUGCAAGGAUGGUGAGGCCUUUUUCUCCCCUCCCCCUGUUUUAUGUAAAGUUAAUUUAUACUCAGUACUGUAUUUAAAAAUUGUUUUAAAAAAUACUAAAAUCAAAA